CGGCUGUCUGUGCUCCGCGAAACGCGACUUCCGGAGUUCGUGAUUAAAUUCGAAAUCGACUGAACGAUUUUCGUAACCCUUCGAUUUGGGAAGAUCGUUGGACGUUACCUUUUCAGGACGGACAAGUACGAUAAUUUGCGAUCGUUCUGAAAACGAUCCCCAGAGGUGUCACGUCAGCGAAAAUCAAGAUUCCGCAUUGAACAUCGAAAGCUUCGGGGGAUGCGAAAACCGGUGGACGAUGUCGACAGGACCAACCUGGGGGUCAAGGUUGUUCCUCGCGUUCGCGACAACCACGAUCGUAAUCACCAAUUAUCAGUGCCACUGCGAGAGGACCCAUCUACGCGAGAAGCUUGUUAACGGCUACCGAACGAUGAGAAAUAUCACUGGUUUGCAAGAAGAAAUUUCUGCUAUAUUGCCACCACUAAGGAUACCUCGAUUGAGGCAUCACCGUGUAACUGAUUGGGAUCCUUAUUUCGAAAAUGCGGAAGGACAAGGAAUCAAUGGAUCACAAAACGUGGCAUUGCAUUUGGGAGCUACAGCUUUGUUAGAUUGUCGCGUUGCUAUGCUUGCCGGAAGAAAAGUCAUGUGGGUACGUCGAAACGACGACUGGGGCUCCCUUCUAACUCUGGGCAACAUGACUCACAUUUCCGACACAAGGUACAGCGUCAGUUUCCAGUAUCCAAAUAACUGGAGACUAGCGAUUGCUGGUGUACGAAGAGAAGACCGUGGCUUGUACAUCUGUCAAGUGAAUACACAUCCACCUAGAAUGCUGGUCACGAACGUCACCGUUCUUGCCCCGGAUAUAAAAAUUGUCGAUGAGGCCAGACACGAGUUACGUGAUCGUUAUUAUAAAACUGGAAGUGGAAUUGAACUUUUGUGCGUCGUAAGACCGUCUUGUCCAGACUCGAAAGUACCGCAUCCGGUAUGGAGGAAAAGUGGAGAGAGUUUAUCAGAUCGUGUUGACGUUUAUCAUAUUAACGGAUCGAACGAGGAGGUGAUAACGAAGCUUCAUAUCGAACGAGCUAAAAAGACUGACAGUGGAGAGUAUGCCUGUUCCGUUGGACAAUUCAGCACGACAGUUGUUCACAUUCACGUUCUUAAUGGUGAGAAACAAGCAGCCGUUCAUCACGAUCAAUGGAACGCAGCGUGCACCGAUUAUUCCGAAGGAAAUGGCGAACUUUUCGUCUUAAUAACUGUCCUUCUAAUACUAUGUACUUUGACAAUGAAUUCCUUGUAAAUCGUGUUUCUUCGUUUAUACGACGUUACACAUAUGAAAGCAUGUACUUGCAUUCAUUCGCGUAAAAGAGCUACGGCUUAAACUCUACAGUUCAUUUUCGCGCAAUUUUCUUUCCUUUAACAUUUCUAAGUACUUCAUGAUAUUAGAAAACGAAGUACCGUACUGUGGUCAUACAGCUACGAAGAUUUUUCUCGAUCAAGCAAGUGAAUAAAAGAACGUUAUUAUAA